AGAAGAAAGUACUAUUAAACGAAGAAGAAAAAAAUGGCGGUCCUCGGUACAACACGGUGUUUGUUUCGAGGCUGUUCUUGGCAGCGAAAUGUUAAGAGAAAUAGAAACUUGCUUGAGAAAUGUACCUCCAGGAUUUUUUGCAGUGAUACACAAGACAGUGUGCAAAACCAUGCAAAGCCCCAGUUCACAGAUCGACUUGUGCAAAACAUCCUCACCAGUAUAACGGGCCUGGACCUGGAGAAGGUGUUUCAACCCCUCAAACAGGAACUCAAGCCACCAACGUAUAAACUCAUGACCGAUGAGCAGUUGGAGCAGGCAGUGCAACUAGCCACAGAGAAAGCUAAGCAGCUGCUGCAAAUGCCACCUGUUUUACCUGAGAGGAAGCCCAUUAGUGACAUACUGUCUGUGGACAAGAUUCUGGAUGGAAUGGAAACGGCAAAAUACGUCUUUACAGACAUCACUUAUGAAAUUCCACACAGAGAAAGGUUCAUUGUUGUCAGGGAGACCAAUGGUACUCUCAGAAAAGCCACCUGGGAGGAAAGAGACCGGCUCAUUCAAGUGUACUUCCCAAAGGAGGGGCGCAAACUCACUCCACCUCUUAUCUUCAAUGAGGAGAACCUAAAAAUGGUAUUCUCUGAGGACCGACACAAAGAUGUCUUGGACCUGUGUCUGGUCCAAUUUGAACCUGAUUCAUCACAGUACAUCAAUGUGCAUGCUGCCACAUAUGAGGAUCUGGAGAAACAUGGUAAAUAUGACCUUCUUCGUUCUACCCGGCACUUUGGAGGCAUGGUCUGGUACCUGGUUAACGUUCGCAGGAUUGAUGGCCUCAUUGUGGACAUGCUGAAAAAGGACUUAGUGCAGGAUGCAGUAAGCCUUGUGUCCCUCUUCCACAUGGUCCACCCUCACAGUGAGUCAGCCCAGGAAGCUUUCAGCCUGAAGGCUACAGACACUGACCUUCUCAAGAUCUAUGCCCUGAAGGAAUCCCAGAGGUCAGGCUACAUUGAGUUGGCCUUGCAGGCAUAUGAACAGAGCAUGCCAAACAGUGCUGCUGUCUGAUCGACAGAGAGAUAACUUCAAGCUCAUGGGGAUGCUACAUAGCAUGUCAUUUGAAGGCUUUGCAGUCGCCAUAGAGUAAUAUAAGAAAGAUUGCAUGCCAAUUAUGUUUGAAGUUUGUCUCCUACCUACCUGAGUUUCUACAUACUGUAAUAAAAAUGUCUGUGUAUC